AUGGGCGCUUCUGAAAAGAUGUCUAUAUGGCACUCCUUCUCAUCCAGUCUUCGGCAAGAGCGUAAGGAGCGCAAAGCAGGGACCACUACAACAGGAACCGCGACGGCACCAACAUAUUAUCCAUCAUGGUCCCGAGGUCGCACACAUAGCUCCAAUACAUCAAAGCUCCCAAGAGAGCAAUCAUCAGACCUUCCACCACCGUACGAAGAAGCGCGACUCCCAACAAUCAGAAUCAGCGCCCCCGAAGAACUAGAAUCCGAUUCCCAGUUUGCCUUCCUCGGCCAAUUCCACACUGUCUUCCUGGUCGACGACAGCUCAAGCAUGAGGGGCACACUUUGGCAAGAAGCCAGAGAAGCCAUCGCAGCCAUCGCACCAGUCUGCACAAAAUAUGACAAGGAGGGAAUCGAUAUCUACUUCAUCAACCACCGAUCAAAGCCCAACUCCAAAUACAACACCAAUUACAGUGCCAACUACACAGACAGCUCCGACCUCAUCGAAUGCCCACAGUUUGACGGCGGAUACUACAACAUCAGAACCGCGCAACGAGUAAGCGAGAUCUUCGCCUCCGUCAGACCCUCUGGCGGAACGGGAGUCGGGAGUCGACUGCGUAAUAUCCUGGACCCGUACAUGGAUCUGGUGGAAGAGAAAGAAGCAGCGAAACGAGCACAAAAAGAAGCAGCUAAGCGAGCGAAGAAGUAUGCCUCUGGCUCGGACCGUUCUAAGCCGAUAGAGUCGGUUACCCCGAUUAAUAUCAUCACGAUUACCGACGGUGUUUUCACCGAUGAUGCAGAGAGUAUUAUUAUCCAGACGGCUCAGAGGCUGGAUGGACCUGCUUGUCGUGCUAUUCCUUGGCAGGUUGGGAUUCAGUUCUUUCAGAUUGGGAAUGACCAGAUGGCUCAGCAAUAUUUGGAGGAAUUGGAUGAAGAUCUUGGAACACGGUGUAAUAAUUUACACCUGAGGGACAUUGUUGAUACUGUUCCUUGGAGAAAUCGGGCUGGGGAGCGAUUGGAAGGGGAUGGGAUUUUGAAAGCUGUACUUGGGGCUGUUCAUAAGAGGUUGGAUCGGAAGAAAAUUGUAUAG